CAUUAUUGGAAGUCUAACAACCGCGGUUCAAAAUGCCGUUCCCUUAGUGUUGAUUUAUAUUUUAAGUGAUGUUCCAGCUGUCAUAAUUGCCAAAUCAGCCAACUUUUUCGUGGCUAGUACCGGAAUAAGUGCAGCCUUGGUGGGGGCUUUGGCUCCUACCUUGUUGGCCGUUUCUGAAUCUACCCUGCAAGAAAAAACAGAAAUUAAAAGGAUUUUGGGUGAAAGUCCCAAAGUGAAUAGUUCUCCUGAGAAGGCCGAAAAGCAGUUUGAAUCGCACAUUGGCUUUACCAAAGAAAAAAAAAAAUUUAAGGACUAUGUAGAAUUAUAUGUAGAAACGGGAGGCAAUUUUUGCCCCACAAAAGAAAUAAUUUGUUAUUCUGGAGAACCGGGAACUGGAAAAACUACUUUUGUCCAAACUCUUAACCAAGCAAUGGGAAGAGGAAAACUGCAAAUAAUCCCUUGCGCUGGCAUAAAAAAAUUUAAUGAUUACUCAAUUUUGGGUGAUGAAAAUAAACCUAAAAAAAUUGAGGAUGAACAAAUUCAAAGGGAUUUGAUAAAAUUAUUUGACCUCUAUCAAAAUAAGGAAGGGGAAGAUAAAAAAGAAUAUAAGAGUAAAAAAUUAUUUGACAAGUAUUACCAAAUGGAGAUUGAACUAGACCACAUUACUUUUUUUGCUACUGUUAACUUUCCCCAAGAUUUGGUUCCUUUGCUAAAAAAUGGAGUAGUAAUGCGUGGCAUAGAAAGUGGUUCGGCACUAGAAAAAGCCUUAUUGCCAAUUUUCGACCCUUAUCAGAAUACUAAAUUAUUUAGUGAAGAAAUUAAUUUGUCUGAUUACAUUCUGCUGGCCACUAGUUCUACCCGCGAUAUGGGUCAACUUUCGGCUCCGCUGACUAACCGCUUGGAUUGUAUUAAUGUUGAGACUGCCGAACCGAAAAAGUUCUUUUUGGAUAAUUGUUAUCGAGACAAAGAACAGGAAUAUUUGGAUAAUUAUUGGCGUGUUUGGAAAGAAACAGAAAAAGAAGGGCUGAUUUGGUUAAAAAAAGACGAAAAUGAUUGCUGUUCCAAACACAAAGACCAAAAUGGCAAAGUAUUAAAACAAAAGGAUUGCUACCACUGUCAGCCUUGGAAAUUUCCUAAUAAUGAUAAUCUUCAACAACAAAAUCCACCACCAAAAUUAUUUUAG